AUGGAUGGCUACGAGAUCGUAAAGAUAGUUGGCGAGGGAAUUUACGGCAAAGUUUACGAAGCACAAAAGAGGGCUACUGGCGAAACUGUGGCUAUCAGAGAGACCCGAUUUCACGAGAAUGAAGAUGGUGUUCGCCAACUUUACAUCCUCCAAUCGAUCUGCAGAGGCCGCUAUGUCGUCAGACUGUUGGAUGUUAAACGAGGCGAGAUUAAGGAAAGCAGAACUUUUCUUUUCUUGGUUUUUGAGUACAUGCCGAAACACCUCAGCACAUUCAUGGGUGGGUUCAAAAGAAAUAUUAUUCCUCCUGGAAAAAUCAAGACCUUGAUGUAUCUGCUCUGUAAGGGAGUGGCUUUCUGCCAUGGCCAUGGAGUUCUACACAGAAACUUGAAGCCUUCCAAUCUCUUGAUGGAUGACCAAGGAGAGAAGCUUAAAAUUGCUGAUAUUGGCCUUGCCACGGACACCGUGCGCAUCAAAGACAGACUUUUGGACUUAAAAACCCUCUGGUACACUGCGCCUGAAGUUCUAUUGGGUUAUCCCCGCGACACCACAGCUAUGGACAUGUGGUCUGUGGCUUGCAUAUUUGCUGAACUUGUAAGAAAAGAAGUCCUUUUCAAGGGGAAAACCAAGCAUUCACAACUGAAUGAGAUCUUCAGAAUUUUGGGAACUCCCAAUGAAGAUGUAUGGCCUGGGGUGAGUUCAUUACCAGACUGGCAGGAGUUUCCUCGGUUCAAGCUUCAGUCACUCAAAUCAGCUGUUCCUAAUCUGGGUCAGGAUGGGCUGCACCUUUUAACCGCAAUGCUAAAAUAUGUGCCAUCAGAAAGGAUCUCAGCUGACGACGCGUUGAAGCAUUGGAAUCAAGUGGGAAACAAUGGUGGACGUCGAGGAGGGACGGCAAAUGCAGGAGGAUCAAUAACGAAAAGCAGCUCACCUUGUUCAGCCUAUCCCCGCUCCUGUUUUCCAGAAGGUGUUUUUCCCCCACUCUCGGUCCUCGUGGGACGCACCUUGCUGUGGUUUGAUAAAUGUGUGGUAAGAUUGGCUAAGUUGAGUAAUUUCCCAAAGAAGUUCAAUAACAAUAAGCCGCGAAAUGGUACACCCUUAGUUGAUGUGUUAUCAAGGGAUGAUGUUCCAGAGCUCCAGUUUGAAGCUGCCCUGGCUUUAGCAAUUAUUGCAUCUGGGACUUCUGAGAAUACUAAACUGGUGAUAGAUGAGGGUGCUGUGCCUGCUUUUGUAAAGCUCCUGGGUUCUCCUCGUAAUGAUGUUCACCAGAUGGCUGUAUGGACAUUAGGAAACAUUGCGGGUGACUCGCCAAGUUGUCGUGAUUCUGUCCUGAAAGAGAAGGCUUUGAUCCAAUUGCUAAAACAUAUGAAUGAGCGUCAAACUCUUCCAAUGCUGAGAGAUACGGCAUUUACGCUGUUAAACUUCUGUCGGGGAAAACCUGGACCUCCAUUCGAGCAGAUGUGUCAUGCCCUUCCAGCUCUUCAGCUACUUCUUUAUUUUAAUGACAAGGAUGUGUUAACAUAUGCAUGCUGGGCUCUAUCAUAUCUCUCUGAUGGUACAACCAAGGAAAUCCAAGCUGUAAUUGGGGCCGGCGUCUGUCCACGACUUGUGGAGUUACUUUCACAUCAAUCCCCUUCGGUACUGAUUCCCGCACUCCGCACUCUCAGGAAUAUUGCGAGAGGAGAUGAUUGUCAGAGACAGUGUAUAAUUGAACACAGGUUGCUUCCUUCUUUAAAAAGUCUGCUUCUUCAUGGAUGUAAUAUAACCAUCAAACAAGAAGCCUGCUUGACAGUCUCUGCUAUUACUGCUGGGAAUAAGAAGCAGAAUGAGGCAUUGGUUGAUGCUAAGUUGAUUGAACCUUUAAUGUCUCUGCUAAAAGAUGGGGAGUCUGAUAUAAAAGAAGAAGCUGAACAGGCUGUGUUAAAUAUUAUCUCUGGUGGAACUCGUAACGGAAACAAGGAUUUUUGUUUAAAGGGCCUGUUAAUGUCACUACGUGAUCUUCUCGGGUCCUCUGAUUCGAGGAUUGUUCCCUUUUGUCUAGAUGGGCUUAAAACCUUGUGUACGCCGGCUCGUGAAACGGGAGCAAGGGGCUACAACUACUUUGCCAUGUUGAUUUUCAGAUCCAAGGGGUAUAAUCAGAUCAAGGAAUUGACGAGCCAUCCAGACCUUGGAAUCAGUGAAAAAGCUUCGAAUCUAUAUGAGAUGUUAUCUAGCGAGGAAAAAAAACUACAGAAACUCAUUGAUGAUGGAGUCCCAAUUGAAGGAGACUUAUUUGUUUGA